AAUGCGGAUAAAAUUGCGGUUGCAGAAUGAAAACGUUUGUGGAUAUGUCGGAUUUAGUUAUCUACCGCCGUGAUUAAAAAAAAUAAAGUAUAGUUAAAAAAUAAUGAAAGAAUAAAUUGAUCAAAUAAAGUUACAAUUCGUACACGCAUAUUUUGUGUGGUAGUGAAGUGAUUUAUUUAUACCAGCAGUUAGAUAAAUAUUCACACUGAUAACUAAGUGAAAAAUGGCAGCCCUUCCACGCAGAAUAAUUAAAGAAACUCAACGUUUAAUGGCUGAGCCAGUACCAGGAAUUAGUGCUGUACCCGCAGAAGAUAAUGCUCGUUAUUUUCAUGUAAUAGUGACAGGUCCUGAAGGUUCCCCCUUCGAGGGAGGGUUAUUUAAAUUAGAAUUGUUCCUUCCAGAGGACUAUCCUAUGUCAGCACCAAAAGUAAGAUUUAUCACUAAAAUAUAUCAUCCAAAUAUUGAUAGACUGGGUCGAAUAUGCCUUGACAUUCUUAAGGAUAAAUGGAGUCCGGCUUUACAAAUCCGUACUGUCUUAUUGUCCAUUCAGGCCUUACUUAGUGCUCCUAACCCAGAUGAUCCAUUAGCUAAUGAUGUAGCUGAAUUGUGGAAAGUAAAUGAAUCAGAAGCUAUUAGAAAUGCAAGGGAGUGGACACGAAGAUAUGCUAUGGACAACUAAGUGUGCUCCAAAUGAAUAUUGGUAAAAAACAUAACCAUUCUACUUUUAUCUUAGUAUAUGUUUUGUUUAAUUUAAUAUCAAAGUGGAAUUGUCAUGUUCCUUACAAUAGUUGUAUAAAAUGUAUGCUAAUGAACAUUCUGAAGAUAUAAUAAGUUUAUCAUUAUGGUGGUUCAUAACAGAAAUUCUUUAUUUAAUGGUGUAUAUUUUUUCUUCACAAAUCCUUUCAUACUUCUUCAUUUUAUAGAGUCUUUAACAUGUUCAGUGCUGUUUAGAGGAUAAUUGUUAUACUUUCACAUUUUUAAUUAAAUAUAUAUGCUGAAUUUGCUGAGGAUAAAGUCAAUUAACAUUUCCAAAAUUUAGAAACAAAAUAUCAAGUUUAAAAUUCAGUUUUAAAAACAACUUCAAAAUAAACAUUAUAAAGUACUGGGGUGAUUUGGUUAAUACAUUUAAUGAUUGAUAUAACAGUAUGUUUUAAGUAGUCAAGAACAGCUAAUUUAUGUUAAAUUAUAUCAAGGAAAUAUCUUCAUUUUUGCUACAGCUAUUUUAAUUUAUUUGAUAUAUUGUCAAUGUAGAUAGUUUUUUGUUAAAUUUUUGUUAAUAUGGUGACAACUACAUAUUUCUCUAUUUUUCCUAUUUAUCCAUUUAUCCUGUAGAAGUUGUAUACAAUCAGUAAUCUACACAUAUGAAUAAUUGGCAAUGUGAUCUCUAAAGUAAUGGAUGUUUAGUUGUAUACAAUUUUUUUAUUACACUAGUGAACCUUUCUAUAUCUUUGCAAAAUAAUGUGUAUAACAUCAUUAUUGCUAAAACAUUUCUACAUACAAUGCAUCUUCAACAUGUUAAUAUUUUAGGUUAAAUAAAAUGCUUAUGCCAGUGAAAGUAGCAAUAAGUCCUUUCUUAUUUCUCUCAGUAAAGUCAGCUUAUUUAAAUUUCAUAACAAUUGAAAACAUUGCGAUUUAGACUUAAUCUGGUAUAUUCAUGAAAUGGUUAUUCCUAAUUUAUUUGAUUUUUUUUAAUUUUAUCCAGAAUACAUUGCUUUUUGUUGUUGUUUUGAUAUCAAUGGUCUUCAUGAAACAUACUUUGCAUGUAGUUUUGUCUUGAAAGUUUACUUGUGAAAGAUAAAAAUUCACUUGAUAAACUCACUUCACUUUCUUUAUGCUGUAAAUAAAUAACUAUUUACCCUUUUGACAUUUUCACAACAGAAUUAUAAAAUUCUUGUCAGAGAUGGUAAUAUGAAGUUUUCCUCCCAUUUUUUUAUUUUUGCUGCAUAUUGCUACACAAUUGUGGCUAUGCUGUAAUAACAAUUACAAUAGUUUUUAUUUAAAUUUUUUGUAAUAAUCUAUGAAAUCUCAUUUUUAAUGAGUAAAUAGAUUUUUGAAAUUUUAGUUAACAAUCUUAUUCCUUUUCUAACCUGUAACUGUAAGUUGCCGAAUGAAUAAAUUUUGGAAUAUUGGAAAUAUCAGAAUGUUAAAUAAGUAAACCAAUAUUGGAAUAUAUAAACAAUUGUACACUUCUGUUCAGUGAAACAACAGACAAGUCUUUGGCAGAUUUUUGCAAUUUUUUAGUUGUGUAAAUUUACUUGACAUUUUCUGUUGCCAUGUUACCGAUAUUAAGUUAUCAGGUAAGUAUUUACAAAAACCUUCUCAUUAUACCAUAAUUAUUAACCCUUUCAGUUCAGCCAACUUCCAAUUUGGCAAUAAUUGCAUCUUUCUGGAUUUCAGUUACUGAGAAGACACUUUUACUUCAACUGAACUCAAUUAUUCAGUUAUCUGUCACUGACAAAGACAGUGACAUUAGGUAGAAGCUCCUUCAUGCAGACAACAUGUGAGUGUAUGCUUUUUCAGUGAACAGAAGUGUAUAAAUGGUACUGUGAUGUAAGAAUAAAUGUUCAUUAAUUUUUUAUAUAUUUAUAUAUUCUACUUUUUAAUCAUUUCUAUAGGGCUGUUGUAAUUAUAAUGACAAAAAAUCAGUUUAUCAUAGUUCUUUUGAAUAUCAUUAUCGAUGUUUUGUGAUGAAAUUAUAAGGACUUUUUUGGAAACUGUAAUCAGGUUAAGCCAAGGGUCAGCAAUCUUUGGAGUCAGGAGAAUUAAAAAUCACAAUUUUUUGCUGCCAAUAAUAAAUAGUACUUACAUAAAUAGAGUUUUUUGGUAAAAAUAUAGUUUGAAAACACGCUUUUCAAGCACAUCAAACUAAGUUAUAAAUAUUUUUUUAUAAGCUUAAAAUAAUAACGAAUAAAAAAUAAUAAUAUUUUUGUGAAAAAAGCGUCGAGGGCUCGAUGUACGAGAGUAUUUUUCAUUCAUUAUUGUUUUAAGUUUAUUUACAAAAAAUAUUUUCAAUUUUUUUUAAAUUAUGUUUAUUUUUCACUUUUUUAAUGGCUUCGAUGCUUAUAUACUAACAUUCCGUAGUUUUCAAAGCUUAAAAAACCAUAGACAAACAACCCGUCAGCUGAUCGCAUUUGUGGGUACUAAUAUCAAUGGCGGCAAUCUCCCAACUUGCCAAUUUUGAGAAAUCAUAGAAAAACUGUUGUGACUUUCUGGAAUCAUUAUCUCAGAUACUAAAAGUACCAUAGAAUAGGUAUUUCCAUUACAAAAGCUAUCUUACAACAGAUUUGCCUAAAUAUUUUCCAAAAAAUUGAAAUAAGUAGCAUAACAUAUGGAGAUUUCCGUGUUUGUUUCUCAAUGCUGGAGAAUGAUAGUUUUGUUACCAAAACAGUAUAUUUAAAGAAAAAUCCAUUUACAAUGAUGAUUGAAACAAAUUAUAUUUGAAUUACAAUUGUUCUAAAUCAGAAGGUAUUUAGGGUACAUAUUCUUAUCAAAACAGCCUAUAAAGAGAAAAAGUCAUAAAAUAUGGAAAAAAAUUAUUAAUUACAGUUAAACUAAAACAGAAGGUAUUUCUGGUACAUAAUAUUCACAAGAAGUCUCCACUUGGUCUGCAUCACCUUCUAUGGCUUCUGGAUCUGCUUCGGUGGGAAUAGCUUCAUUAUAAAAACUCAAAUCACUUAAGGUUUUCCAAUUUUUUCUGAAGUGUUUGCCUAGUAGCAAAUCUUUCAGCUUCAGUUCGUUCACGACGUGACCUUUCUCGAUUCGCUCCACACUAAUAAUUCUAGGAAAUUUCCAUUUUUGUUAUGCUUUUGAAACAACCCAAAUCAUUCUUGUAGUUCCCCUCGUAUUAGAAUAUUUCCAGAGCGACAUCUCUUUAGAAAAAAUCUUUUGGAAUUUUUCAACUGAAAAUGCCAAGAUCCUGGCAGCUUAAGGACUCGUUUAACGGCAAUUUUCCAAUCAGAUACUUCACAAUCUUCACGCAAAUGCAAACUUGCUGCUGAUUCUGAAGUUAAGUCCAAGUACUCGUUUGGUUUAGUAAUGACUUCCAGUUUCUUGAUUUUUUGUUCCACAUGACCAAAAACCAAGCUUUCAACAUUUUUUGGAACAUCCUCAGAUAGCCACCUUCAACACAUGCCAAUUAAGGUGCUGUUUUUAUUUUGUCCGCUGCAUCCGUCGGCCAUCAAUCGUACUGUUGCCGCAUACUAGUAAGUUCUCUGAAGCUGGUGAUAGACAGCCGAGACAAUUUCAUUUGAUCCCUUUCCACACUCAUUUUCCAGCCAAUAAUAAGAGAAUACAAUAUCUUUGGUCAAUGCUGACUUAGAAAUCCCUUGAACGAUAGUGAAAUUGUAUAAAUAUAACUGUCGUGAAUAAUACGCAGCUUGGUCAGGAACCUUUGGCAACACUAAAUUUUUUUGACAAUUGAAUAAUAAUAUUAAACCUUGACGUUGUUCUCUUAAAAGCUUAUGUAUUUUUUUCUAAGUUGCUAAUUUAUUUCUUUCUUCUUCAUUAGAUGCAUUUUUUAUUUUCUACACGAUUUCCAAACAGGUGCAACAAACAUCAGUACGAGGUGUCUUGAAGCUCAAGUUGAAUUUGGUAGUAAAAACAAAUCUAAAAUAGUACCUCUUAACUUGUAACUCUUAAUCUACUGCAUUGUUGUACAUUUUGUGCAUUUUAUUUAUUGAUAAAUCAGAUGGUAGAUACAUUUUCCUUGAGACUGAGCGACAAUAGUGUGAUUCUAUGCACUUGAAACUUUUAUGUAGCUCUCAAUGGCAUUUUGCUUUUCCUUUUCCAGAAACAUAGGUGUCUUACGGUCGCCUCCCCUUUUCUCUACAGGUGUAUUUCCGGUCUUUGAAAAAUGUUUCAUAAUAGAAUUCAAACGAUGCUUUCCAACACCUAAUAUUUUCAGAAAUGAAGCCUGGCAUACAGGCAAAUUUUCCUUGUAAGAGUUUCUUACAAAACAUUUAACAGUAGUUUAUUUCGGUGUAUGUUCGUUGUUUUUUGGUCGGCGGCGUUUACAUGGUGCUACUGUGCAGUACUUAAGAAUGAAUGAGUCUUGUGGAAGCUUAUUAGUGGAACUAAAAAAUGCUGCAUGAAAAUCUUUUACUUCUUUCAUUAUAAGCAACAUGCAUUUGUAAGCUUGUGUCCCAUGACCACAUGCAAGGUACUCCUGUAACGAUUUAGGUGAAUACCUGGAAAUUAAACUAGAACUAUUAGUUCCAGCGUUCAUUAUAUAUGACGUCCAAAAUUUGUAGUGUAAUAUUGUUCAGACUAAAAUACAAAGAAUCACAAAGCAGUAACAGAAAUCGGCUCUACAGAUACAUAAAUAAUUUGGUCUAACCUUAGUCUCUUAGCCACAUUACACUUCCAUUUUAUAGGAUCUCUGUUUCUUUUCCUUGCAGCAUCUGGUGUGACGACAACUGGAGCUACUUCCAUAGUAAUCACUAUUUUACACAAUAAUAAAUGAAUAUUAAACUUAAUUAUUAACAAACUUACUGCUAGCGGAAGGUAAACUUACUUGGUAACACUGGUUAUGAGCUGAAUAGCUUUCGCGCCAUAAUCGAUUGGCGGAAAUGGAGAUUGCUGGUUUCGAUAUUUAUCUCGUAGAGGAGAUUGCCGUAUUUGUUUCUAAUAGUAACUUUGUUACUGCAUUUUUCAUUGGAUAUUACCGAGAAUGAUACAUAACUGUGUACUCAUCUGAUAAAGCAUGCAAGUAUGGGAAUUAUGACGUAUAGAACUCGUUUUGCUAAAAAAAUGGAGAUUGCCGCUUUUGAUAUUAGUACCCUCAUUUACCUACUGAUCUACCCGGGUAGAAGGGAUCCAAUCGUAUGACUACGACCCGAUUAAUUCGAUCAGUUUCCGAACAAUAGUGAACGUGAUUGAGGUUAGUUUCCGGACAUUCAGAUCAUGAACGAGUUAACCCUAUCAUAGUUUCCAAAAAGUCCUAUAGUCAUCCAGAAGACACAUUUCAAUUCCAAAAUCAAUGUCUGGUAUGAUCAGAAAUUUUUCAAAUUCCUUACAAUGUUUAUGAAACGCUAAAAAUACUGAAAGCAAUAUUCAAUUGGGCUAUCUAUAGACUAUUCACAAUUAAAGUUACUAAGUUACUUUCAGAUAUGUUAAUUUUAUAUUAAUGUACUAAAAAAUAUAUCUUCAAAGAACUCAGCAGGAAUCUUAUGUAUUUUGGAUUUUCCUGGUCCCUAUUUUUCAAAUCUCAGCAAGAUGUAUUCUUAAAAUAUAAGUAAUAAAAUAAAUACAUAAUACUCCAAAUUAUUCACUUCAUUUGCAUUAGUUUAAGUAAGAAUUUUUGUUGCUAAAUACAAUAAAGUUGAAUUUAUUAAACUUGUAAUAAUUAAAGUUCAACUAUUAAUGUAUAUACAUCUCAUUGAACAAAAAAAGAUCAUAUUUGAAGGUAAUUGGAAACAAUGAAAAAAAUCCAGAACUAAUAAGGUUAUUACUGAGUCCUUCAUAAAAAAUUAUGCAACGCCCAUUUUGUACUAUUUGCAAAAUCUGGACACACACAACGGAAGAAAGAUAAUAGGAGAAGUUGAAUAAAUUCACAAUAAGACACUUAACAGCAAAAGGUUUUCUCAUCUAUGUUUUGUGAUUGCAAAUAAAAUGAAAAUAAUUUAGUAUUUAUAAAAAAUCUAGGUUAGCCAAUGUGUUACACUAAUACUCGUUUGCUUUAGGUACUAGCAGUAGUUAAACCUGAAUGUGAGUUUUUUUCUUAAAACAUACGAUAAAAGGUGAUUCAUAGAAGGGACUUGAGAAAUCUUUCAAUUUGACAAAUUUUUAAAUUUCAGUUACGUCAAGUUUGAGGAUAAAGGAUAAAAUAUUGCUAGACAUCAAAGUAUUUCAGACUUUCAAAGAACAAUAUUUUCUAUUUUGUGACUAUAAAAUUGUAUCAAUGAGAGGAUUCAGCCGAGGAAAUUAUCAAAGCAACUGAGUAAUUUCAUUUAAAUUGUCAUUUCUUAAUCGUAAAUUUGUAAAUGAAUUAUUAGAUAAAAUAAUACAUAAUAACGACGUCAUUGUAAGCUUAAUAUUUAACCAUUUUAAUGAUAAAAAAAUAAAUAACACAUGACACAGUAUUUAUUAAAAAGAAAUCAUGUUUUUAUAAAGUGUGGUCCAACCAAAAUGCACGAUGUUAAUUGUAAAUAAAACAAAAAGUUUUCAGAUAAUUAUCUUAAUAUUUUUUAUAAUGAUAGAAGAAUCUAUGACAAUUAUGUGUGAAAUAAAAUAUCGGCCAAAUGCUCGCCACGGCUUCGGUGGCAUACCUCUAUCGGAUGGUCCAUAUUUUCAAUGACUCCGAGACAUAAUUGAGGUUCAAUGUCAUUAAUGUGCCGAAUUAUCUCAUCCUUUAGCUCUUGAAUUGUUCUUGGCUUAUUAACGUACACUUUUUCUUUCAAAUAUCCCCCAAAAAAAAGUCCAACGGUUUCAAAUCAUAUGAUCGUGACGGCCAAUUAACAUCUCCACGACGAGAGAUAACACGACCAUAGAAUUUCUCGUGCAAAAGAGCCAUUGUUUCGUUGGCUGUGUGGCAAGUGGCACCAUCCUGUUGGAACCGCAUAUCGCCCAGGUCCAUAUCCUCAGUUUAUGGCCACAAGAAAUUCUUUAUCAUCUCGCGAUAGCGAACACCGUUCACGGUAACUACUUGACCGACUUCAUUUUCGAAGAAGUACGGCCCGAUGACGCCGCCAGCCCAUAAACCGUACCAAACAGUCACUCUUUGUGGAUGCAUCCACUUUUCAACAAUCACUCGUGGAUUUUCAUUUGCCCGAAUGCGGCAAUUCUGCUUGUUAACGAAUCCACUGAGGACGCUGAAGAUAAUUUUCUUUGUAAAGUCACCAUUCACUUCUGUCUGUUCCACCAACCAUUCGGCAUAUUGACGAUGCUUGAAAUGGUCAGUAGUCUUCAGCUCUUGAGUCAAUUGAACCUUGUAAGCGUGUAAAUUCAAAUCUUUAUUCAAAAUUCGCAUCAGUGAUGUUCACGAGAUGUUUCAUUGUUGGGCACGACGACGAGUCGAGGUUGACGGCUCUUCUGCCACACUAUCGCGAACAACAGCAAAGUUUUACGCAGAACGAACGGGGCGAGCAUGCACAGGUGUUUUCACAUAUGAUACAGACCCGGUUUGCUGAAAUUUACGCACAAUUCUCCUCAUUAUGGACACAUUUGGUUGAUUGUGCUGCAAAAAAAAAUCACGAAAUGCAGUUUGAUUCGAACGCCCAUUUUCGUAAAAGGUUUUAACAAUCUUAACGCUCUGCUCAAUUGUGUACCUCUCCAUGGCUGAAUUUAUCAAACACUGAAACAAAUAAAUGUCAAAUUAAGUUGGGCAAAAAAGCAAAAAACUUGACGUAAAGGUGCGACUCACAAUUAACAUCGUGCAUUAUAGUUGGACAACCUUUUAUAACGCUCAUAUUUUUAUUAAGAUCAUAGAAUGGCAAAAGAAAAAAAAAGAUUGAGUUAUGGAUAUGGCUAUUAACAAUAAAAUUCAUUUACUAUUUUAUUUUCCUAUAAACCUGAGAACUUUUGGGGUCUUGUGAAAUGGUUUGCCAGAUUAAUCAAUCCAAUAAGAAUAAAUGUUUACUUUAAUAAUUAUAUCAAUUAUGUUUAAUGAUGUCCAAUUUUUUUAAUCAAGCUAUCUUUUUAUGAUGUAUGUAGUUAUCACAAACCAAGUUCAGUCUUAUUCAUUUCAAGAUUAUUAUAAAAAAUGAAAUCUUUGUUCAAGGUCAUAAUUGAUAAGAUAAAUGUAGGUAUAGUAAUCCAUCUCCUAUGUAAAUAGCUAAGUUAGUCCAGUAUAAAUAACAUUUAGUCCAUACAUAAUAACAGCGUAGAAUUAUAUCAAACUCAUUUUAAAUUUAAAUCACUACUGAAUAUACCUAAACUUCAAAUCAAAUCAAAACCUAGAGCAUCUCUAUCUGUAACUUUUGAUUUUUGAUUCAAGGGGUGAUAAUUAUCGGAUAUAUUCUAAUAAUUUUCUUUCAAAAGGUAUGAUUGCUCAAACAAAUGAUGCUCAAUCUUGCUCAGAAAGAACUUGAAAUAUUAAACGUAAUAAUGCUAUGAACAAUAGUUUACUUUACUAGUUGCUGUAAUACAUGCAAAAGACAGCAGAAUAUAAAUAUCUUGUUUAUGUUCAAAGUUUGAAUUUUUGAAGUUGUAAAGAUAAUUUUGGAACACCUUGUAUAUAUAUAUAUAUAUAUAUAUAUAUAUAUAUAUAUUCUUCUAGAGCAAGAAGUAGAUUGUUAAUGUAUUCAAUCAUUUAUUGGACUAAAAAUUAGAUAAUGGACAGCUUAUUUACUAAAAGGAAAUUUAUAUUAUGCAGAAUGGAUGUUUUCCGGUUUUUGGUUUUUAUUUUGUAUUUAUUAGUUCUUUGCCAUCCAUUGUAUCACCUCAGUCCAAAACCAAAAAAAAAAUGAGAAAAAUUAUUACAUUUGUUCGGGUAUUUCUAUAAUUUGAUCUUAUGCGAAAUAGCUAUAUACACUAGAUAUCGUUUAUAACGACUUCCCAUGGACCAGGCACAUUUGGUCGCUAUAGCCGAUUAAUUACAUUAAGCAAAUGUGAAAUAGGAAUUUUGUUCAAUCAAUUACACAUUGCCAACAUAUAAUAAUAAAAUGGUUUUUUGGAUAAUGAUAUAAAACUUAAUUUUUGUAAAGUAAUGAACAUACAUAAAAGGAAAAUAUACUACAUAUUAAAAUAUGAAAAAUAUUUUACAUACACAAAGUGCAUUUAAAUUAUUUUACACAGCAUAUAAAUCUUUUUACAUUCAUAUACAAUUUACAGGUAUUAAACCAAAACGAAACUCGUUUACAAUUUAAAAUCCUCAAUUUUCUUCAAACAUAAAAUUAUACAAAUAAUUUAGUAUGUAGGUAUAAAUUUUUUAUCAAUUUCGAGCUGAAAAGUAAUCGGUAAUAACUUUUUAUUUUUAACAUUUUUUUAGAUAAAACUUUCGCGAAAUUCUUUUUUCAAUUUCAUCAACGCAAGUUUUAAUAUUUUGAGUAUAAAAUUCAUUGUCACACAUCACGAAUAUUUCUUCAGGAGUUGUGCCGCCCUUAAUGCUUCAGUUAACGGUGGGAUGUCCAGUUGGUCUUGUUCAUCCUCGUCUCCAUUGUCGCUGUCAAUAUCGGCGUCAAGUUUAUUGAUAAGGUUCUCAUCACUAAUAGUAUCACAUUCAGUGUGUAGACCCUCGUCAAUUUUCGCAUAAUCUGUUAAAACAUCUUUAUUUAUUAUGGUUGGCAGUUCUAAGGAUUCGGACCACGGCAAAAACUCAGGUUCAUCCAGUGCGUUAAUUUCGGCUGGUUCUGAUGGUUGUUCCUUAUUUUGAUUUCCCAGGACACCAGAAUGUUUGAAAAAAAUUUUUAUUGUUGUCGCAUUUUUGUUUCCCGAUUUUCCUCCACGUCUUGAAGAAACCUUAAAACAAGCUGUUUUCUAAAACUGGGUACCACACAUAUACUGGGUUUUACCGAAACAAUUCGAGCUAUACCACCGGAAUAUUUCGGGCCGAUCUGGUCAGAGAAACCAGACCUUAAGGCUUGUAGAAUCACGGGUCCGGAAAAUAUGGUCGCUAUAACCGAUACGUCGUUAUAACCGAGGUUGUUAUAAAUGGUAUCCAGUGUAUAUAAUUUUAUAUAUUUUGUCAAUAUGUUUGAGAUUUCUGCCUGUAUACUUCCUAAUCUGAACCGUUAAAUUCAAUUUAGUGAUUGCGAAUAGAUACAUUUGAAAUAUACUUCAAGGCCAUUACUUAUAUAUUACAAAUAAAAACUUUCUAUCAUGGUGAAAAUUUGGUUUGCAGUACCUCAUGUACGUCAGUUAUGACAAAAAUCACUUUUUGGUAAACAACCUCAUCUAGUUAGAUAUUUUCAUGUUCAAAUAUUUCUGUUAUACGUGUAAAUCACCUUUAAACUUUAAAGAAUGUCUGUGAAAUAAAAUUUUUACAAAUGUAUUUUUCUAAUUCAUACAAGACAAGUUAUAAUGUAAUAUUAAUAAAUGUUGUAUAAGUUUGUCAAUCUAGUCAGAUUAGCGCAAAUUUUAAUUAGCUGAUACUUCAGAACGGGUAUCUAACUUUAGGGAAAAAAUAUGUUGCGAUUACCUAUCUACACACCAAACAAUAUUUAACUGAUUCUUUUCUUUCCGAGACUCGAUUUCUUAUUAUUUUCAUAAACUAAUAUAUAUUUUUAUAAAAAUUAAUUGUUCGUUUUCAUAUAUUCAACCCCUUAUAAUUAUAUCGCUGGCGCUAAUGGCAGAAACGGAGUGGACUCUAUUUAACGACUGUAAUUUGUCCAUUUAUCUACAGUUAUAAAUCCUAUAUAAAAAAUUCUGAUACAAUGUACCUUUGUACUGUUGAUAAUACAUGAUUUAUUUUUUUAUGCAUAUUAGCACUGAACAUGUUGCAUUUUGGUCACUUUAUUUUUGGGUAUGACUGAGCUUUAGGAGUAUUAAAGGAUACUUUUUUAAGCUUUAACUGUAUACAAUUUAGCAUCAAUUCUGUGCAGUUAUAUUGAAUGAUGGAUUUGUAGUUUGUUGUAAAUAAAGGUAUGUAAGGCUUUUUACAAAUAAAUUCUUUACAUUA